UUUUGGUGACGAUGAGCCAGAGGAAUUCAAGGUCGCCGCGUGAUGAUGAUGGACAGGAUGACGCGCUUCAGUGGCCGACUGAGUGGCUGUCACUAGGCACUGGUCAAAGAUGCACAGGCCUAGGCAGCUGAGUAGCGCAUUGCGAGCACAGACACGGCACCAAUCAACGAUUGCUCGCAUGCGGCCUCCACCAGGCUAUGCCAGUCCUGCCCGAGCACACUUGGACAGCGAUAGACCUGCGCUUCCCGGUGCACCCGUCGAGCCCAACUAUGCGCAGCCCAUAGGGCCGGACUUCAGGGACCCCACAAGGCGGAAGAAGCCUGUGUCUGUCAUCUCAUUCGUACUCUGUGUCUCUAUCGCCAUCUACGGCGCGCUCUUUGUGGACUGGGGACCCCAAGAGCAUUGCUUCUCGCCUGUUCGUCUGACUCACAUCCUGCUCGACACGGGCUGAUCUGCGAGAGGGCAGCUUCGUCGGACAGUCGACAGCUUCACUGCCGGUUUCACGACGCUUUCCGCAAAAGACAGGCGAAUACUCGACGCGCUCGACAAGACGAAACGGC